CCAGCACGGCUUGGGCCAGUCCACAGUCCCAUGGCACUACGUUUAGCUGACCAUGAGGUCCGGCCUCCAAAGUGCCCCUCUGCGUCGCUGCUCUUAGAAGGGCCAUCACUGGGUGGGCGGCACGUGCCCAUGCCCAGUGGGCCUAUGGCACCCGCCGUGGCGCAGAUGAAAGGAUCGCUGCAGCCGAUGUCGAAACGCUACGACGUCUCCUGUGAGAUCCUGGGGCGGGAAACUGGAAAGCCCAGACCGCAGCUGCAGGCGAUCCUCAAGUCUAUGAGGCGCCCCAUCCACGAGAUCCACGGCCUGGACGCAGAGCACUGGUACGCCGCUGUGGACCGUGCCCGCUCGGCGGAAAGGAGACGACGUGGUGGAGUUGAUAAGAGACCCGUUCCCUCCUGGAACUUCAGAGGUGGGGGGCCAUUGAAGCCUGUACCUGCAGGACACUCUCCCGACAGCGAGCUUCCAGCAGUCUCACUUCGUUGGAAGCUCUCCGAGCAGCUGCAGCGGCAAGCGGAGCUGAAAGCGAAGCUGCGGGAGUUGGAGGAGCCCAACGAGAGGUUGGAGACCAUGGGGCCAGGAGCAGAGGAGGUGUUCCCCACGUCAUUCUCUCAAAUGGAUGAGGCGACGGUGCAGCGUUUGGUGGAAGAGCAGCGGGCAGUUCAGGACCGCCUCCACGCAAAGUUGGAACACCUCCUGGAUGGAGACAGCAGGUCCGGAGGAUUGCACCCGAAAGACCGCGUCCCGGUGCAGGAGAAGCAGUUGCUGGCCGAAAACCAGGAGCUGGAGAGACGUCUGCAGAAGCAAAUGGAGGAGGUUCAAUCACAAGAGGAAGCCUUACAGCGCUUGCAGGAGCAGGCUCCGGGCGUUCUCGUCCGCGCCGUGCUUUUGGGCGCUGCUCUGCUGAGCUUCGAACCGCUCCGAGGCCUUUGGAGCUUCGUGUCCAGUCCCAGGCCAAGUCGACAGCAUGCACGUACGGCGGCCCAUGCGGGCGCGAGGUCUGACAAGAGACCCUCUCCCAUCCCGGAGCAGGUGUCGGCGAUCCUGCAGAGAUAUGCCAAGACGCUCAAGGUCUCGGAGGUGAAGAGCUCCUUCCAGAAGAUCCUUGACUCAGGCACUACUCUCGCGGUGGGGCAAUACAACCGGGCACUGGAGGCCAUGGCCAAGGCCAAGCGUCCAGGGGAUGCCGCGGAGUUUUUGACGUUCAUGGAGGCGCAGGUUCAGCCGGAAGGGCUUGUACCUCAGCCUACCUUCGCACAGUGGCCUCCAAUAUGGAGCGUCAGGGGCCAGCACAGCAAGGCCAGAAAUGAUUCCAGUGGCAUUUUGCCCAGCACCCUACCCAAGAAGAGGAUGAUGAGUGCCUGGCCAACGGUGACUGCAGCCUCUCAGCGCUCCAGCGUCGAGCCAUGCAGCACGGGGCCCAGCGUGACCGUGCGCACGGGACUGCUUAACCAAUUGACUGAGCACAUCUUCAAUGAGCUUCAGGAUGCUUCAGGGCAAGAGCUGAGUCGAAAGAUGCCUUUGACCCCAAUUUUGACAUUCCGAGCAUUGGAGAUGCUUGGGCGUCAUCAGGACUUGCCCUCGGAAGAUGAAAUGGACAACAUGCCAGAGGAUGAAGGCCCUGAAGAUGACGAGCAGGAUGAAGAGGCAGAAGACCAUGAAGAGCAUGCAGAGGAAGGCAAAGGAGACGAGGAGAAGUAA